UCCAAAAAAUGAGUUCUUUAUCAAAAUCUAAAGAAGCCCACAAGGAAUUAAAGGUUUUUAUUCCAUUUUUUCCGGUUUCUUUUACAUUUCGAUGUCUUCAAUUCAUUGGGUUCUUCAAAAUUGUUGUUUAGCUGAGCCCCUUUGAAACGCUUCUCUAAAACACCACUGUACUUUUGUCCAGAAGUCCCAAAGGAAAGAAAGACUUGGCAUAAAGAUUCCAAAUCUGAAACCCUUUUCUUUGAAGCUUUUACUUUGCCACUCCAUUGUUGAAGCUUUAGUUUCUUUCUCGCUCUAGAUUCUCUCUCUGUUUCUGCUUGGAAGGGGGAAACCUGGGUUUGUGAAGAUGAGGGGUCCUUUAGGGGCAGUGAUUGGGAGGUACCCUUCAAGUGAUGGGAAUGCCCAAAUGGGUGGGAUCAUUAGGCAUAAUAGAAAAUGCAGAGAUAUUGUGUUUCUUGUGAUCUUUAUAGCUUUCUGGGUGGGCAUGAUUGUUAACUCCAGCUUUGGAUUUAACCAAGGUGACCCAUUAAGGCUCACAUAUGGACUAGACUACAAAGGAAAUGUCUGUGGCGACAAGCAUGCUAAUCCCGGCCUUCGUGAACUCGAGCUUAAAUACUGGUUGAAUCCUAAUCAGGUGUAUCAAAGUGGUCUGAAGGACAGUCAAUUUAAGCUGGCGGAUGCUCGGAGUAUAUGCUUGAUGGAUUGCCCAACACCUUCAGAAGAUUCUCUAAACUGGGUUUGUGACUAUCCCGAAGGCGAAAUACGCCUCUCAAUGGAUGAUUGGAUAGACAGGAACUACGAUUAUUUCGAGUUCCUUACGCCUGAGAUGAGGAACAGCUCGGUGAACCUUCAAGGUCCUUGUUACCCUGUCAUUUUUCCUAGUGUUAAUGUUUAUUGGAGCUGCCAGUUCCUCGCUCGCCCCUCGAAUGUAUCGUUAACACAUUGGAAGCAGAUGGGUGGAAUGAACAUAGAUGCGGAUUUGAUCAUAGAUAAAUCUAUUCAUAAGUCGACCAACUCUCGGUCAUCUGUCUUGAAGAGAUACAUGUCUGAUAUUGGGAAGUCGUGGCCGAUAUUGAUUGUUUGCGGAGGGAUUUUGCCUCUAUUUUUGGCAGUGAUUUGGUUGCUAAUGAUUCGACAUUUCGUUGCUGCGAUGCCGUGGGUAACGGUCGUCCUAUUCAACAUUCUCAUCGUAUCGGUCACAAUGUUUUAUUACCUCAAAGCUGGAUGGAUUGGAAAUGAUGCUAUCACGCCCAUCAUCGGUGAUCACGAUCCCUAUGUCCACAUAUUUGGAAGGGAGCUCGAUCAUAUGCGCGCUGCUGCUGUUCUAAUGACUUUUGUUAUGGCUGUCUCUGUUCUUACUUCAAUUGCUAUCAUCCGUCGAAUCAUAAUGGCGACGUCUGUCCUCAAGGUAGCUGCAAAGGUGAUCGGAGAAGUUCAAGCACUCAUAAUCUUCCCAAUCAUACCUUAUGCGAUCCUUGCAAUCUUUUACAUGUUAUGGUUAUCAGCUGCCCUUCAUCUCUUCAGCUCUGGUCAGAUUGUCCAGAACAAUUGCAACUCGAAUUGCUGCGCUUACGAUCUUGCUUCAAAACGAGUGAACUGCGACCGUUGCUGUGGUUAUAGCAUCCGUUAUACUCCUCAUAUCGACAUAGCCAUCUUUUUCCACCUAUUCGGAGGUUAUUGGGCUACUCAAUUUUUUGUAGCAUGCUCUUCAACAGUCAUUGCAGGUUCCGUGGCCUCCUAUUACUGGGCUCGUGGUGAAACCUCGCCCGAAAUUCCGUUUCUUCCAGUGUUCUCCUCGAUGAAACGGCUAGCAAGAUAUAACCUCGGGUCCAUGGCUAUCGGUUCCUUGACUGUAUCCUUUAUGGAAUCAAUUCGGUUCAUACUCGAGUCUAUUCGUCGCAAAUUGAAAGUCGCAAAUACGACACCAGAUAGUUGGAUUGGCCGAGCAGCACAUAAUACGUCUCGGUUUUGCCUGAGAUGUAUAGAGUGGAUCAUCAAAUCCGUUAACCGCAAUGCAUAUAUAAUGAUUGCGAUAACAGGCAAAAGCUUUUGCAAGGCGUCGGCUAUUGCGACGGAGUUAAUAAUGAACAACAUCCUUCGGAUCGGGAGAGUGAACGUGAUCGGAGACGUUAUUCUGUUCCUUGGGAAGCUUUGUAUCAGCCUCUCAAGUGCUCUUUUUGCAUUCCUCAUGUCGGAUACACACAAAUACAGAUCUGCUCAUAACAAGAUUUCUUCCCCAUUGUUUCCGGUCUUGGUUUGCUGGGGGCUAGGCUAUGUGGUUGCUACACUUUUCUUUGGAGUGGUGGAGAUGUCCAUUGAUACAAUAAUUCUAUCCUACUGUCAAGAUUCUGAAGAACAUCAGGGCACAGCUCAAUAUGCCCCUCCACUUCUAAUGGAGACUCUCAAUGAUCAAAAUGAGAUGCAAAGGCUUACACAAGGGCCUCCCAGUUCAUAGCCUUUCAUCAUUUACUUUUCUUAUUGAUUGCCCUCUCAGAAUGUUACCAAAAAAAUAGGCUUUACCUUCUCCUGCUGCAGUCAUCUCCAACCCUUCACUGUCACAGUUUUUUCACUGUAAAUAAUCAAGUUCUUUGCAGUGUGGAAGUUGGAGGAAAAGUGAUAGAGAAGAGACAGACAGGGAAUACCUUUAGGCCUUGUUUUGUUUUUUAUGGGUAGGUUACUAUUUUUGUUACUUGUUACUGAGAAGCUUUGGAUAUGGUGUAUUCUCCAUUAUUAUUGCAAUGACAUUAGUUAAUAUUAUGUUGGGUUC